AUCAACAGACAACUGCAGUACAGCCAAAGAAGAAGAACUGCAUCAUGAAGCUGUCCAUCUUUUCCAUUUUCUUCACCAUCACCAUCUUGUCUGGAUGCAACCUACAAUCGGAAGCACUUACAGAGGCCAACAGUGAAGAACUAGAUCUUGAUCAGGAGACUCUUGGUGAAAGAUUGGCAGAGAGCCCACUGAGUUCUGGUGCUUCCAAGAUCAUCGUAGUGGCAGACUUCCAAAAUGGAAGAGGCAUGAAGGUUCUGGGAAGGACCCAGCUGAGCCUGCCUGAGAGGAUCCUGAGAGAUGCAAGCCUGGACCACAGCCCUAGCGGGGUCUCCAUUGUCAGGAGAGACACCAGGAGGUGCAUGGUGGGAAGAGUCUACCGUCCCUGCUGGGAAGUAUAGUUCCUCUGGAGGAGUUCAGUGACAAGAUCGGGAUAAAAAUGAGAACUUGUUGCUGACCAGCAACUAGGAAUUAUUACAAUUUCAGUUUCAAUUAUGUAUAAUAACAAUUUCAACAAUAAUAGGAAUGUGUAUGCCACCUACCUAAGUCAUGCAAUUAAAUUAUACAAAUACUAA